GGCUGUCAGAUUUUAUCACCUACCAAGCGGGCAAUCGAAGUUCUGAGUAGGACGUAGACUACUUGAUGAGUGAGUGUACAGAAACAAACAAACAAACAAAAACAAACAAAUUAGGUUUUGAUGUUCCAUUUUAUAUGUUAGAUGCUGUGUACAGGUGAUACAUCCUCAAACAUGCACUGAUGGUUCUGUACAUUCUAGAAAAGUCUACAAUAGCCCAUUUAGCCUGAAGAACUUUAAGCCUUCAUAUAAAUUGGUCCACGACAUCAUACAAAAUAUAAACUAAAUAACCCACUCCAUGAGUAAUGAUUUAAGUAAAAAAAUUUCACUGCAGUAUUAUUACUUUAAUCAUACUGUAAUACUGUACUUACUGUACUUUUGCAUUAAGCCAUAAAUGUUAUUAAAUGUCUAUGCCCUAAUUAACUCGAAACCCAUAAAUUACAAUCCUUACUGCCAGAGAAAGCCAUUUAUGUUUUAUAAUAUAGCUAUGAAUUAAUUAUUUUAUUAUUAUUAUUAUUAUUAUUAUUAUUAUUAUUAUUAUUAUUAUUAAUAUUUGCCUAUAAUUCUCUUGAAUUAGUAUGGAUAAUUUUGUGCUUUUGUUCAGUUCAAAAGUUUUUAGGCAAGAUUUAAUAUAUUACAUCAAGCUUACUCUAAAUAAAACUAGUACUACUACUACUACUACUACUAAUAAUAAUAAUAAUAAUAAUAUGCUUUAAUCUUUUAUUUGUAAGUGACUGCUUUGCACUUCCCCAUUAAACUUUAAUGAGUUAUUUUGCUGUUGUUUGUAUUUUGUUUGCAAAGGAUAAAGUUCAUUUUACAUCUGAACUCAUGACGUACUGUAAGUUACAUAAUAGGGUGUAUUUUGCAUGUAAAGCGCAGCAUGAAAGGCUGUGAUAAAGUAUACAAAUGAUCCUCUCUCUCUCUCUCUCUCUCUCUCUCUCUCUCUCUCUAUCUUCUUAUUAUAGCCUUUGAUUUCCUGAACUAUCACUUGACUUUCUCUAAUGGCAGCACUCAGUGGUAUGUCCUGGAGCUCUAACCAUCUCACCAUCUCAGCUUACACACCUUUACUCUCAUGAACUAUUACAUCACUUCCUGUAAACGCAGCUCAGCGCUGGGUUCUGGAGCUCUAACCACCUUACUGUUGCUGCUCUGGUGAAACAAUCUACAAUUCAUUAAACACUACUUUUCUAGGAGGUCACCAUGAGCAACCCAGAGAUGCUGAAUGACCUGACUGAUGUAAAGAGCUCUCGAUUUGGGCGACCAUCUCCAAGACACGGCCUCAAGUUGCUCUACUGGUUUGCUAAUGACUUUCUGUUUUUUAACAACAACGACAAGAUGUGCUGGAAGGACGAUCCCCAAAAUGGAUGUUAUGGUUUUCAUCGAUUUAAUAACAGAAAGGACAGAAACGGUGUUCGACUCCUGCCUGCUGCGAACCUGACCUACUAUGUGGUGGGGAAUCUGAACAGCCCAGGAGCAAAUGAGCUGCCCUACUAUAUCAUAGACACCAUGGCCAAACCACCAACUCUUAAUGAACUGAAGAAGCUACAGGAGUCUGGAUUUGGUCAAUGUUAUCCAAGGCAUGGCCUUAAGCUGCUUUACUGGUUUGCUAAUGACUGUCUGUAUUUCGAUGACUACAACAGAAUGUGCUGGCAGUAUGAUCCAGAAGAAAAAUAUUUUGGUUUCCGACUUUUCGAAAACAGAAAUGACAAAAGCGGUGAGAGACUUUUGCCUGAUGUAAAUCUUGACUACUAUGAGGUGGGCAAUCUGAGAAGAGCAGAAGCAGACGACCUGCCAGAUUAUGUUAGGGAAGACGACAUUGAGCACCAUUACAGCAACAUGGACCGCAUCAUAGUUAGCGUUGAUGAUGAGUGCUUUGGUAAAGUCUAUGUCACUGAGCACAGCGAUCAGGCAGAUUUCAACAAGGAUGCCACUUACUGCAUCAGCAGGGGCCUCAUUAUGAUUAUCAGAAAUCUGACCAUAGAGGACUUUCUCUCAAAAACUGGGUAUUCCAUGUUGCAGGAGGAUUCUGAUCAAAGUUGUACAGAUUCUGAUGAUGAUGAUGAUGAUGAGGAAGAUUAUAAUGAUGAGGAUGACGAUGAGGAUGAGGAGGAUGAAGAUGAUUAUGAUGAAAGUGAUGAAGAUGAUGACGAUGAUUAGGAUGAUUUCCACAAUGCAGAUAAUGAUACUGAUGAUCGUUUAUACUAGUGAUAGUUGUUAGUAAUGGUAAGAGAUAUAAUAUAUAUUUACAUAUUUAUAUAUAUAUAUAUAUAUGUAUCUAUAACUGUAAGCUUCAACAUUGUGAACAUUGUAUUAAGUUGGUUGCAUCUUGGCAAGUAGGAAUUAGAAAUAUAAAUGUCUUAAAAGUCAACUAGCUAAUCAACUAUAACUAAACUUUGAACUUUGAACAAUGAAAUAAAAAGACCUUUUAAUAGCUGGUGGACCAGAAGAUUUAUUAUUUUAUUGGUGUUUAUUAAUAAAAGAUGCACUCUGUGUAAAACUGAGCUAAA